AUGUCGAAAUUAUACGACUUGACGGUCAAGACAAUAGCUAAUCAGGAUUGGAACUUGAGUUCAUUGAAAGGAAAGGUUGUUCUUGUUGUGAAUGUUGCAUCGAAGUGUGGAUUCACUCGUCAAUAUGCAGGUCUAGAAGAACUCUACAAGAAAUAUCAUCCUCGAGGAUUUGAGCUCAUAGGUGCACCUUGUAACCAGUUCAAUCAUCAAGAACCAGGAAGUCCCGAAGAUAUUCAGAAAUUCUGCAAGCUUACUUAUGAUGUGAGCUUUCCUCUCUUGGAAAAACUUGACGUGAAUGGUCCCAAUGAAGCACCUCUUUACAAGUUUUUAAAAGAGUCAAAGAGUGGUAUCUUUGGAAUGACGCGUAUUAAAUGGAACUUUGAGAAAUUCCUUAUUGAUCGACAAGGCAAUGUCGUGAAGCGUUACUCGUCCUUGACUGAACCUUCAUUCAUUGCUCCGGAUAUUGAAAAGCUGUUGUAA